AUGCUGGGUUUGUGGCAAGCAGGCAGAAUGGGGUAUGGAGGUAGCCUGGGCUUUGCUGUUCUGUGCUGGGCCGUCAGUGGGGUGAUCUGUUACAAUCCCUGGGAUUUCUCUAGGAGGGACUCAGCUAUCUGGAGACCCAACCUCAGGGUUGAGACCCCUCAGAGACAACCCCGUGUACCUUCUCUUGCCCAGCCCUACCCCUGGGCUCAGGUUGAUUCUUCCCAGCUCAGGGCUGUGUCUCUGCUGCAGCCUGUCACAGUGCAGUGUGAGGAAGCUCAGCUGGUGAUCACUGUGCACAGGGAUCUAUUUGGGACAGGGAGACUGAUCAAAGCUGCUGAUCUGAGCCUUGGCCCAGCUGCCUGCCAGUACACAUCCCUUAAUGCUGCAGAGAACACAGUGACCUUUGAAGCUGGGCUCCAUGAAUGUGGUAGCACCUUGCAGAUGACUCCAGAUUCUCUGGUUUACAGCACAAGCCUGAACUAUAACCCCACCCCUGCCAGCAACCCAGUGAUCCUGAGAACCAAUCCAGCUGUGAUUCCUAUUGAGUGUCACUAUCCCAGGAAGGACAAUGUGAGCAGUAAAGCCAUCAAGCCAACCUGGGUUCCCUUCAGCUCCACUCUGUCUGCAGAGGAGAGGCUGGGUUUCUCCCUGCGCCUGAUGAAUGAUGACUGGAGUGCUGAGAGACUCUCCAAUGGGUUCCAGCUGGGGGAGGUCAUGCAUAUCCAAGCUGAUGUCAACACCGGGAACCAUGUGGCUCUGAGGCUCUUUGUGGACAGCUGUGUGGCCACCCUGACCCCAGACAGGGACUCCUCUCCCCACUAUUCUGUCAUUGACUUCAAUGGAUGCCUGGUGGAUGGGAAGUCAGAUGACACCACUUCAACCUUCAUAUCCCCCAGACCCAGGCAGGACACACUGCAGUUCAUGGUGGAUGUGUUUAGGUUUGCAGGAGAAGCCAGGAACUUGAUCUACAUCACCUGUCAUCUGAAAGUCACUGCAGCUGAGCAAGCCCCAGAUCCCUUGAACAAGGCUUGUUCCUUCAACAAAGCAGGCAACAUCUGGUCUCCAGUGGAAGGCACCAGAGACAUCUGCAGGUGCUGUGAGACUGGGAACUGUGGGCUGGCUGGACAGUCUAGAAGAGUCAGACCUCUGGACAGAUGGCCAAGGAGGCGCUUCCAGAGAGAUGUGACCUCCAGGCAUGGUGACUCCUCAGUGAGGGAAACUGAAGCUGAUGUUGUGGUAGGACCUCUAUUCAUCACUUAUGCCUAUCAGGGAUCCAGAAAUCUUGUGGAAGAACAAACAGAAGUAGGGAAGGCAGCAUCGCCAGGCAUGGAAGAGACUCCUGGGCUGGUGCUUGGGCUGAGCUUGGUGGCUGCAGCUAUUGGUUUGGCCUCUGUGACUCUAACCAUCUGCUUCAUCUACAAAAACCACAGCUGUGCAAUGGCUGGUGCUGUCAUGUGA